AUGUUUCCUGUUGAUUUUCCACCUGUGGAGGACACUGAGCUGGUGUCUGCAGCUGAACUUUACCUGUCGUCCUUGAACGCAACACCAUGCACUAACUUGUGGUUUGAGUCUUCCCAAACCUCAAAGAUUGCCAUAACAACAGCCAAUAUAAGGCCGUUGCAGCUGUUCGACGAUGACCAUCCUGCCCGUGUGCUUCUGGCACUCCAUCCUCCAGAAGAUCCAUCACAAGUCGUGGCUUUGUACCUGCGUGACAAAUGGUGGCGUUUGGAUGAUGUGUUGCGGACAUCCAGUAAAUCCAGAAGUGGCUUGGUGGUGGUGCAGUCGACGACGGAGAGGGUGAUUGUGUUCCUGCUCAGUCAAGUUGUGGAGAGACCUCCUUCACAAGGGGAGGUGUUGUUCUCCCUGCACCCCCGCACGGAGAGCUGCAAAGUGCUGUGGACGGACAACCAGGCGGUGGGCUUCUACACCAUCAAACACAAAGGCAGCCUGUGUGACACCUGGAGCAGCUGCUGCUACCUGCUGCCCGUCCUGGACACGGUGCUGGUGAGGAGGAGCUGCAGGAGGAGAGGCUUCGGCCUGCAGAUCCUGCAGGAUUUCUGCUCCUCGUUCUCCUCCGAGGAGUUUCUCGGAGUCAGCUCUCCGUUAUCAUCCAGCAUGGCAGCAGUGAUCAGGAGGUUCCUGCAGCAGCACGACCAGCAUCGGGAGCGUCUGUACGAGGUGGAGGCUCCGGGAGGCUGGACCCAGCGCCGGAACAUCUGGCUCAACAUUCAGCUGGGUCGCUACUCGUCCAAGCAGCAGGAAUGUGGGAAGGACCUGACCCCUUUCAGCAUCUGUAACAUGAACACUCCCCUGGUAACAGCCUCUGCUGAAUGCUCCCCGGGCAGCGAGAUCUCCGAGACAGGAUGUUUUUCUGCGGCCCACUCCAACGAGCUGGAUUUGAAUUCUCCAAACAGGCCUCGAAUCGUGGCUCAAACACUGAAAUCCAAGAUUGUUUCAUCAAGAAAACACAGCAGAGGGAAUUCAGAGGGAACACAGAAACUGUCCAAGAGAGCCAGAAGAACAAACAUCAACUUGUAG